AUGACAUCACUUUUGCACCUCCUGCUCCUGACGCUGUUUUUGGUGGCCAUGCCGGCUUUGGGUCGCAAGGUGAAACGGAAGGAGGCACACUAUCAUCACCACGUCAAUGUGCCGCCACCACCGCCUCCAUCCCCUCAAGGACCAGGUCCACUGCCCCAGCAAACUGUGGUGAUCGAGCACGAGGUGCCACCUUACACCUACGAAGCUGUAAACCACGACGAAUUUGAACCGGCCAAGGUGAAGCUCUCCCACUCCGAUUACAUAGUGCAUAGUCUCCAUAAUGGAGGGGGAGGUGGUUACCUAGCAGACAAUGGACUCCGCAGCAUAGCCAAGGGUUCGGCUGAUCAGGCUUUAUCCGCAGUGGCCAGCCAAAAUGCGGCUGGCAAACAGGCAUCCUAUGUGGCAAAAAGUACUUUGGCUCAGGCAGCAGCUCAGGCAGCUGGUACUGCAGUGGCCGUGCUAAAGGGAAAGGAAGUACUGCUUCAUAGACUGGAAGAUCAGAGUGUCGAGGCACACAAGGCUAUGGAGAAUGAGCUGACGCAGUUGCAACAGGCCAAGCGAUCCGCGAAGGCGGCCCAAUAUGCCGCUCAACAGGCCAUUAACCAUGUUAGUGUCUUGACAGCAGCUCUUAACAAUGCCCAGUCUGCCUCGGAGUUGGCCCAAAAAGCGGCUUCUGAGGCAGCUGCCGAAUUGGCCUCCCAAAUAGAUAUGGUGGCCCAGGCCAAGACCAAACUGGAGCACGCUGAAUCGCAGGCUUACGCAGCUCGAUUGGACUACGAGGAAACUCGGGAUGCAGCAGAAAAGGCUACUCUAUCCGCACAAGAAGCACAUUUGAAUGCCAAUGAUGCUGCCUUACAUGCGAAUGUUGAGCUUGCAGAUUCGGUUCAUAUCCACGACAAGAGUGACCGGAAUGUGAGGGAACCACCUCGGAAUCACCGACAUCCAUGA